AUGUCCUCGAUCGCCUCCCAGGUACGUAAGGCAGCUCCCACAGUCGACACCAUCGUCACAGACUACGCCAUCGGCUACUUCAACCAUCUUUCCACCACAACACUCGAUGCAGUGCAAAGUAAGACACUAGACUUGCCCUCCGAGGUGAAAUUCGUCUCAGAUUUACUCAUUAACGCUGGUGCACCCGCGGAAAAGGUAGAUACCCUUUCACAAUCUCUGUUCAAGCAAUUGAACUUGCAAUGGGAGGAAAAUAAGGCCAAAUUGGAACUCACGGGGGACACCUCCAAACGUUUGCUGGAUAUAAACGUCUUGCAAUCACAUAAUAAUAAGGCUAAUUUGAACACUUCGUUGUCCAUGUUGGGUGUCAAUGGGAAUGAUAUUGAACAUGCGGGCAGAAAUAUGGAAACCAGAGUGGAUUUGAAGAAAUUGGCCAAGGCUGAACAAAAAAUUGCCAAAAAGGUGGCAAAGAGGAAUAAUAAAUUCGUUCAGUAUGAAGCUUCUAAAUUGAUUGAUGAACAAUCGCAGGAGGAUUAUGAUUCGUUCUUCUUGAAGAUUAAUCCUCUGGAAUUCGGAUCCGCUGCGGGGAAAUCAAAGGAUAUUAAGAUUGAUACUUUCGAUUUGUAUGUCGGGGACGGUCAAAGAAUCCUGUCUGAUGCACAAUUGACAUUAAGUUUUGGUCAUCGUUAUGGGUUGGUCGGGCAGAAUGGUAUUGGUAAAUCUACUCUGUUGAGAGCCCUAUCUAGAAGAGAAUUGAAUGUACCCAAGCAUGUUUCCAUCUUACAUGUGGAACAAGAAUUGAGAGGUGAUGAAACUUUAGCAUUACAAAGUGUUUUGGAUGCUGAUGUGUGGAGAAAACAAUUACUUUCGGAAGAGGCUAAGAUUAAUGAAAGAUUGAAAGAAAUGGAUAAAUUAAGAUCGGAAUUUGAAGAAGAUAGUUUGGAAGUGAAAAAAUUAGAUAAUGAACGUGAAGAUUUGGAUAAACAUUUAAUUCAAAUUGAUGAAAAAUUAGCUGAUAUGGAAUCUGAUAAGGCAGAGGCAAGAGCCGCAUCCAUCCUUUACGGGUUAGGGUUCAGUACAGAGGCACAACAAAAGCCUACAAAUUCAUUCUCUGGUGGGUGGAGAAUGAGAUUAUCAUUGGCAAGAGCAUUGUUCUGUCAACCAGAUUUACUUCUAUUAGAUGAACCUUCCAAUAUGUUGGAUGUCCCAUCCAUCGCUUAUUUGGCAGAAUAUUUGAAAACAUACCCAUCUACAGUCCUAACAGUAUCGCAUGACCGUGCCUUCUUAAAUGAAGUGGCAACAGAUAUUAUUUAUCAACAUAAUGAAAGAUUGGACUAUUAUAGAGGUCAAGAUUUCGAUACUUUCUACACAACAAAGGAGGAACGUAGAAAGAAUGCACAAAGAGAAUACGAAAAUCAAAUGGCAUACAGAAAACAUUUACAAGAAUUUAUUGACAAAUUUAGAUAUAAUGCAGCUAAAUCAUCAGAGGCACAAUCUAGAAUUAAGAAAUUGGAAAAAUUACCCGUUUUGGAACCACCAGAAGAGGAAAAGACAAUUACUUUCAAAUUCCCCGACUGUGAAAAAUUAUCACCACCAAUUAUUCAAUUACAAGAUGUUUCCUUUGGUUAUGAUGAAAAUAAUUUAUUAUUAAAUGAUGUUAAUCUAGACGUACAAAUGGAUUCCAGAAUUGCACUUGUUGGUGCUAAUGGUUGUGGUAAGACUACAUUAUUGAAAGUAAUGAUGGAGGAAUUAAGACCUACAAAGGGGUUCGUCUCUAGAAAUGGUAGACUACGUAUAGGUUAUUUCACACAACAUCAUGUGGAUUCCAUGGAUUUAACCACCUCAGCGGUAGAUUGGAUGUCCAAGGCAUACCCAGGUAAGACAGAUGAAGAAUAUAGACAUCACUUGGGGUCAUUUGGUAUUACAGGUACUUUAGGUUUACAAAAGAUGGAACUACUAUCUGGUGGUCAAAAAUCUCGUGUUGCCUUCGCUGCCCUAUGUCUAAAUAAUCCUCAUAUCUUAGUGCUUGAUGAACCUUCCAAUCAUUUGGAUACUACUGGUUUGGAUGCUUUGGUGGAAUCACUAAAGAAUUUCUCAGGUGGUGUGUUGAUGGUUUCUCAUGAUAUUUCCAUUAUUGAUCAUGUCUGUAAUGAAAUUUGGGUUUCCGAAAAUGGUACCGUGAAGAGAUUUGAUGGUGAUAUUUAUGGUUAUAGAGAUUAUAUUUUGGCUUCUGCAAAUUCAGCAGGUGUGGUCAAGAAACAUUGA